AUGGUUUUCUCAUUUAUUUUUCAGCUUGAUCAACGAAAAUCACAUCAAUUGAUAUUUCUCCACAAAACAACAAAUUCUAAUGAACAAGAUGAAGUUCUUCACAAAUUGAAUGAACUUCGUCAAAUUGUUGAUUACAUCAAAUUAAUAAACAACAUCGAACAAGCUCUACAAUUCAUCCGACCAGCGAAUAAAAUUCAUUCCUUGGAAAAUGUACGAUCAAUUUAUAUCUAUGAACAAGAACAGCAAUGUCAUGUACAAUGGACGAGUGAAUAUACGAAAAUUAGGGAAAUAUACAUCGACUGGAAAUUGCUUUUAAAUGCUCUUAGAUCUGAUGUUGAACAAUAUUUACAUGAAGAAAAACACGGAAUAUUCAGUGAAAUUGGUCGAGAUAAUUAUACAAGUGAUAUUUAUACAUUUUCAUGGUGGAAUUACGUUAUUUCAUUAAUUUGUCAUCUAUCUUACUCCAAAUAUUCUUAUGAAAAUUUUCUUGUCACUUUAAGAGAAUAUUAUCAAGGUAAAGAAGUCGAAAUGAAAAUCUUAGAUGAAUUCGAACGGGACUACUCGUCUGACACUGCCAUACGUUGGUAUACGCGUAAUACAUUCCUUUAUUUGGUUAUAAACAAAGCUCUUCGUCAAAAGAAUAUCGAAGUUAUUUUUCUAUUUGCUUUUUUAAUCAAAGAUAUUUACAAUCAGUUGAAAAGGCAACAUGAAACAUUACGACUAAGUCAUUUAGUUAGUCCAAUAAUCAAUGUUUAUCGUGGACAAAUGAUCUCAUUCCAAGAAAUUCGUCAAAUUAAAGCUGCGACUUAUCUUAUUACUAAUAGUUUUUUUUCCACAUCACUCGAUCCCACUUUAGCAUCAUUCUUAAUCGGAUCAUCGACUGGACCAAAUGAUCCGAUUCAGCAUAUUUUCUUUGAAAUUGAAAUUGAUCUUCGAAUAAUUUGUCAACCAUUUGGAUUAAUUUCAAGUUUAUCUUAUUUUCCCAAUGAAGAUGAAGUUCUUUUCAUGAUUGGAACUUAUUUCAAAGUCAUUCAAUGUUCUUAUGACGAACACAAGCAAAUUUACAUUGGAAAACUUCAAUUAGAUAUCGAUUCUUCUUUAGAAAGAAAACCUGACUUGACAGGAAUGACAUCGCGACAAACAUUGAAAGCUGGUGCGAUUGAUAUUUCGAGAAAUUUGUAUCGAGUCGGUGAACGAGAUAUUAAUGUUAUUUUCAAUCAGCUUAAUCAAUUGUUUCCUCAUGAAAAACAAUGGCUAAAUGCAGUUCAUUCUCAUACGCUCGCCAUAUUGUAUCGACAAUUUCAUAUUAAACAUUAUCCGGAAUAUGUUGAUAUUACUUUGUCGAAUUUUCAAUAUGCAUUGAACAUUUAUCAAUCAUAUUUAGAUGAUUAUGAACUCAAUUUUCGAGUUAAUAUUGCUGAUAUUUAUUUAGCUAUGGGUUCUAUAUAUCGAAUCUAUGUUAAAGAUGAAGAACUUGCUAAUCAACAAUAUGACCGUGGAAUUGAAUUUUGUGUUUUAUCACUUCAAAUAACCGGAGACAUUAGUCAACGAAUAGAACUCUAUAGAAUCCUUGUUUGGAUGCAUGAGAGUAAAAUUGCAAUAGAAAAGGAUGAAAAUAUCAAGACACAAUUGACUGUUGAUGCCAUCAAAUAG